AUGGGGACUGGAUCCGAGUCAGGUUCUAUCCCUACUAUCAAAGAGAAUCCCCCAGAUGACAGUGGCAAAGUGUGCACCUGGAACUGCAGAGGUGUGGGGAAAAAAGGGUUCUCCACCCUUAUUAAAGACCUCGUCUACCAAAAUAAGAUUCAAGUCCUAGCUUUGAUAGAAACCAGAAUUAGUGGCAAGAAAGUUGAUAGUGUUAUAAGAAGUUUGGGCUUUGAUAGUUUUUUCAGAAGAGAAGCUGUGGGAUUCUCAGGAGGCAUCUGGAUUCUUUGGAACAAAAAUAUUACCUCUGUGAACAUCUUGGAGGAUAACCAUCAGUUUGUGCAUUCCAAACUGAAUUGGUUAGGUGAGGCCAAGGAGGAGCAUUUCACUUUUGUCUAUGGUAGUCCUAGGAGAAUUGAGAGAAGAAAGCUGUGGGAUGACCUGAGGAGAAUUGGAGAGAAUGGAGUGGAGAACUGGGCUGUUAUGGGUGAUUUCAACGCUAUUCUGGAGGAAGGGGAGAAACAAGGAGGGCCUGGUGUGUGCUGUAAUAAUAUUCAGGAGUUCUCUUUUUGUUUGAGUGAUUGUAAUCUCUAUGAUCUGGGCUUCUCUGGUCCCAGCUUCACUUGGAAAAGGGACUGUCUUCAAGAAAGAAUUGACAGACUAGUGGUUAAUGAGGCAUGGCACUUGGGCUUUCCUAAUAGGUCUGUGUACCAUUUGCUGUUUUAUGGUUCUGACCACAGGACUAUUCUUCUGAGAGAUGAAUCCUUGGUUGUCCCUCCUGUGGGUCCCAAACCUUUUCGGUUCCUUGCUGCUUGGCUGACAAAUGAAAGCUUCAGGGAGGUUGUAGAAGAUUGCUGGAAGAACAAUAUGGAGUGGAUCCCUGUGAUUGAUAAAUUCCAUCAGGAAGCUACUCUCUGGCACCAAAGUAGCUUAAAGGAAGCCCAGAAAAAGAAAAGACAGAUCCAGAGAAGGCUUAGUGGGGUUGAUGAGCAGCUGUGCAGGGCCCCAGAUGAAUCCCUUGAGAGACUCCACAGGUCUCUAUGGCAUGAUUUGAAUGCUAUCUAUAUCCAAGAAGAGAUAACUUGGUUUCAAAGGUCCAGGUGUAAUUAG